AACUCAAAGAAUCGAGAUUUUUUUGUUUCGUCCAUUCAUAAAACAUACAAAUUUGAAACUAAACCGAUUCGACAAAAAUAAAGCAAAAAUAGCAAUGCCGAUACGUCAGCUUCUAUGGCUGCUUACGGUCGUAUUGCCAUGGACAUCGUCGGAAACCGUAUAUAUGGAGCCGGGCGAUUCCAUUGACGUGAAGGCAAUUGCCUUCGAAGACAAAACGCUACGGAUCUUUUGCUACAAGGGAAAUCGAUUUUCAAUGCUGAGACUGUUUGAGACUUUGGAUUUGGAAUUGGAAAUUGAUAAAAAUGAGUUCGUGGAAUAUGGAGGACGCACAGAAGACGAGGUUUUGGACAAUUACAAAAAGAAGUUGCCCCAGAUCAGGCUUACUCUUUUAAAGAAGCGCAAAAGCGUACAGCUUUCACCGUUCGAACAAAGUUGUGUUGCGUUGGUCACCAAGGAACCGUAUAGGAUCGCCCUGAAACAGGUUCGACUGGAUAUGGGGCGAGUCGCAAAAUUCGUAUUGGGUAUCAGCAUUUUCCGCAAUGCCCACAAGCUCUCUAGAAACAGUUCCUUUUAUUAUCUGGCCACGAUCGUCCUCAACUCUUGUACUGUCGCGUUUUUGUCCCUUGUUCGUACAGUCGUGCUGCUUCCAAUGUGUCCCGUAAAGUUCGUGAAACGUGCGAGUCUUUGGUUAUUUAGUUUUUAUUUUGUCACGCACUAUUUUAAUAAUAUGCGUUUCAUCAUAUUAAUUAUAUUUAUCGGUAUCAUGUCAAUUCUACGCACUUCUCAGUAUCGACCGGUCCGGAAGCCAGCCUUGCUAUUUAUUAUCAAGUUUCUGCUGCACGCCGCCGCAGGAACACUUGUCUGCUCCAGCACUUGGCACUCCAUUGUCGCCAUAAAAUCGUUUUUCCAUUCCAUUUAAAAAAUCUUAGUUGCUGUGUUACCACCGAUUUCCAACAAAAGGACAGGUAUUCAACGAAACAAAAUAGGACGACACAUAUCACCAAUCAGCGGGACUACAAAGAUGAGGAUUCGAAAUGGACCAAAGAGCUUUUGUUUUUAUUACUUUAAAAUUUUAAAUAUUGCAUCUACCACAAUGUGCGUGUGUAUAAAAAAAAAUAAAAAAUAAAUAUGUACAUAUUUGGAAAUCGA